AUGUCACUGGAGGUCUUGGAUUUGGGGGCACAGCACAACCACAGGCGGCCCCAAGUACCUCUUAUAGCAGCUCUCCUUAAGUGCCUUCCCACCUGUCUGGCCACAAGAGCCCUGUCGAGGGGCGUCUCCCACACCGAGACCCUCACUGCGCUCCACCUGGCGCAGAAACUGGUGAGGCCCUCCCGAAUCGUCCUGAUUGGUGGAGAGCGCGCGCGAGCGCUACCGCUCCGCCCCCGGACCCGCCCUCCUGCGGCACUGCCCCGCCCCCUGGUUUACAAGGCUGGCCGUGUGGCUUCCAAGUUGGAACGCGAAGGCGCGGGCGCGAAAAAGCUCGGACCCUCCGAGGCCGAGGGGCCACUUAGCCGUCAUGCACGCCGUCGCUCCAGGCCUGACAAGCACCCGGAAAUGCCCAUUGCCCAGGCCCCCCUCGACGCCGAUACCCACACAUACCAGGAGACUGGUCCUCGAGGACCCGCCGCCCGACUCCCAGGAUCGUUCUGGAGAACAAGAGCCUAUCAGGUUGGAGGAGCCACGGAGGCUGCGUGGAGGACGGGAUGUAUCGAAUACCAGUGGACAGAGGACUUCAGCAGAGGAGAUGGUAUCCCAGGCGCAGCAUCCCAGUGCAACGUCAGCUUGAAGAAACAGAGGCACCGUGGCAUCCUCAGCUCCUUCUUCUGCUGCUUCCGUGAUUAUAAUGUGGAGGCCCCACCAGCCAGCGGCCCCAGUGUGCUUCCGCCACUGGUGGAGGAGAACGGUGGGCUUCAGAAGGGUGACCAGAGGCAGGUCAUUCCCAUACCAAGUCCACCAGCUAAAUACCUCCUUCCAGAGGCGACGGUGCUUGACUAUGGAAAGAAAUGUGUGGUCAUUGAUUUAGAUGAAACAUUGGUGCACAGUUCAUUUAAGCCCAUUAGUAAUGCUGAUUUUAUUGUUCCGGUUGAAAUCGAUGGAACUAUACAUCAGGUGUAUGUGCUGAAGCGGCCCCACGUGGAUGAGUUCCUCCAGAGGAUGGGCCAGCUCUUUGAGUGUGUGCUCUUUACUGCCAGCUUGGCCAAGGUGCCCGUGCAGUCCUGGUUCGAUGACAUGACGGACACAGAGCUGCUGGACCUCAUCCCCUUCUUCGAGGGCUUGAGCCGGGAAGACGACGUGUACAGCAUGCUGCACAGACUCUGUGACAGGUAGCGCCGGCCUCCGCCCGCCCCGCCCAUGCGCUCCGGGACCUCGGCCUCGGGGGACCUGCCUGGAGCGAGGACACUCCGUGCUCCAGGCCGCGAGGUCAAAGUGGCCAUACCUACCUGUUUUAUUUUUUAAGAACAGAAACACUAUUUUAAGAUGAACUCUUUUAACAGAUUUCAUAAAGGGACAUGCAUUUUACGGUAUUUGCUUUUCUUAAAACAUAC